AUGUCUUACGGGUUCCCAUACUUUUCUCCACCACCUCCUUUCUACUACAAGUCUCCACCUCCUCCUGCCUACUACAAGUCUCCACCUCCCCCAGUGGUGGCACCACCUCAUCAGCCCUACAGUCCACCACCACCACCUCCACACCACUCUUAUCAACCACCACCCUUUUCACUGCCACCUCAACACUCUUAUCAACCACCACCACCACCACCCCCUCAUCCAUAUGCUCCACCACCCCAUCAUCUUGUCCCUUCACCACCCUCAGGACACCAUUCCACAGUUGUAAUUGCUGUGUGUGCUUCACUUGGUGGCCUCCUCUUUCUUGCAUUCCUCGCUGCUUGUCUCUGUUGCUUUGCCAAGAAGAAGAAGAAGUGCAAAGAAACUGAAGUCAUAAAUGUUGACGAACAUACGAGGGUUCAGGAGGCAAUUGUCCCUGGUCCGCAUGGCACACAAGCAAUGGUACUAAAAGUUGAGGAGGAUGUGCAUGUACAAGAAGCAAUCAAGAAAGAAAAGGUCGGUCAUGGUUUGCAUCUGAAGUCUGUGGGGAGCCCUUCUCAUGCUUCAGACGUCUCCUCAUCCUCUUCUGGUUCCAGUCAUCACCGCUCAUAA